GCGGCCUGUGGUGUGGCUCGGCGUGUGUCUGUCCGCCUCGGCCUCGGCUCGGAUCUAUAGAGGCGGGUGGGGGAAUGGCGUAGCAAACAAACUACUGGAUAUCAUCUCAAGGGAAUGUAAAACUUUCCAAUUUAAAUCGACCACAAGACGCCGUGUCAGCGCGCUGAAAGACUUACCGAAUUACCUGGUUUCUAAUGGAAGCAGAUGGUUUUGUGAGGAGGCGUCGGAUGACAGCGGAGACAUCAGGCAAUGAUCCCGGGGUUGCUGGUGCCUCUGCCGGGGCAGAAGUUCGAUGGUUGGGGGGGUCGAUUUUGGGGAGUUUCGGAAAGUAUUGUGGGAAGUCUGACACCCAGGGUUGGAGGGGAGACAGAGCUACAGACUGUUCAUUUUGUCUUGGGUGCACAAGAUCAGACAGAGGACUGUGAACCAGACUACGAGGGUCUGCCACAGGGAGCUUCCACCAGCACCCACAUGUUGGCUGGAGCCGUGGCCGGAAUCAUGGAGCACUGCCUAAUGUUUCCCAUCGACUGUGUCAAGACUCGCAUGCAGAGCCUCCAGCCCGACCCUGCAGCCCGCUACAGGAAUGUGAUGGACGCUCUCCGGCGAAUUGUAACCACCGAGGGCAUCUGGCGGCCAAUGAGAGGGCUAAAUGCGACGGCUGUAGGGGCGGGACCUGCCCAUGCCCUCUAUUUCGCCUGCUAUGAGAAACUCAAAAAGACUCUAAGUGAUGUCAUUCACCCAGGGGCUAACAGUCAUUUGGCUAAUGGAACAGCUGGGUGUGUGGCCACAUUGCUUCAUGAUGCAGUCAUGAACCCAGCUGAAGUUGUGAAGCAACGUAUGCAGAUGUAUAACUCUCCCUACCGCGGCGUGCUGGACUGUGUGCGCGCUGUGUGGCAGAAAGAAGGCCCUGCAGCUUUCUACCGGAGCUACACCACUCAGCUCACCAUGAACGUGCCCUUCCAGGCAAUCCACUUCAUGACCUACGAGUACCUCCAGGAGUUGCUCAACCCCCACAGACAGUACAAUCCUUCAUCUCAUGUGGUGUCCGGAGCCAUGGCAGGGGCCAUCGCGGCUGCAGCCACUACGCCUCUGGAUGUCUGCAAGACCCUGCUCAAUACCCAGGAGUCCCUAGCCCUCAGCUCCCUGUCCUCUGGCAAGGGUCAGGGCCAAGGCCAGGGAGCCCACAGACACAUCUCAGGCCUAGCCCAUGCCUUCCGGACAGUUUACAGGCUGGGCGGCCUGCAGGGCUUCUUUAAGGGAGUCCAGGCUCGGGUCAUCUACCAGAUGCCCUCCACAGCCAUCAGCUGGUCAGUGUAUGAGUUCUUCAAGUAUGGACUCACCAAGCACCAGCAUGACAAGAGGAGAGCACAGCACAGGGAGGCUGAGAUGUAGACCUGUGGUUUUGCUCUAGUCUCCCAUCAUGUCAGUCUGCCCUCUCUGUAGGGUGAAGAUUAAGUCUAAACGCACAGAAAAUCUAACCAAUUCGCCACCUUAAUUGUCCCACCACGAUCAGACAAAGCCAAUAAGAAAGACAUCUUCAUAUAUAGUUUGGACAGUCGAAUUAGUGCUACACUGUCAAAAAACUGGUCAUGGUUUGAGUUAUUUCUGACUGUAAGAAGCUUUUUACCCAGUGUUAUAGUGCUAUAUCCAGGGAUUUUUUUUUGGUCAGCUAUUCAAAUGGCCACAAAGUUGACCCAAGUUAAGUUGAGAAAAACACACUGAUUGUUAGUUGGACAGAUAGUCAACAGGGGGCAGUAGUGUUACUUUGUUAAGAUUUAUUGUAGUUCUGAGGAUUUCAAUGAUCUUGCUCUUCUAGCGUCAGAUUUAUUGCCCACCUAUCUGAAUGUUGAAUGUGGAGUGAAAAAGCAGUGAUCCAGGUCCAGAACCUUUCCUGGACUCAAGAAAGUUAAAACCAGACGUUUAUGAAGAACACAACAUCCUUACACUAAUCAAAUCAAAGUAAAGGACAGCAUUCUUUUGAUAUCCAGCUUAGAUAACUUAGGCUAAAUCUUCCACAAGAUGUGAAAUUAUUUUUUUUUACUGAAGAAAUGUCCAAUUUUAUCCAUCUGAUCCAAUUCAGUGUUAAGAUUCAAGAUUGUCACAGCUGUCCGGAUUAAAAGUAAAAGAGUAUAGCUGAGAACAUUUUGUUGUUAGGCCUAUACGCCAUUUUGCUGAUCUACAUCUACCCCGACACGUUUUGCUGUUGUAGUUUCCAUUGACACAUUCUGGAAAUUUAAAUGCCCAAACCUUGAUUCUUAGAAGUCUCAGGAGGUUAACUUGUCUGCUUUCAUAAAUUGUGAGCAGACAUUUGUCAGUUUAUGCUUGUUCCCAUGACAUGUGAAGAGAAAAUUUGUAAUUUGCAGUUGCUCUGAAGUAUCUAAAGUUUGUUUUUAUUUAUUUAUUUUUUUUAUUUGAUCCCUAGAAUGGUAUUUUCUUUCAAACAAAUGUUUGUGUAAUAUAUUUGCCCUGGUUUCCAUGGUUGUAUUUGAUCACCCCAUGGAUUAUGCAACCUCAUCAAUGUCUCGUGUCAGUUUGGUAGAACAAAAAAGGAUGGCAUUUUCAAUGGAUAUUGCCAUACAUUAAUUACCAGGAACUAGGGGCUCUACUUAAGCUGGUAAUUAGGCUACUUAAUGCGUUUUAAGGCUAAUGCUUCAUAGCCUGGAGUGUGUGUACAAUAUAAUAAGUCCAUGCAUAGUGUACAACUUGACAAAGAACUAUAAAGAUGAGUUUACUUUUUCACAAAGGUUGAUCUGUAGCCUACUGUCAAGGUACUGACAUAAAGGGAAGUUGUCAUUCUUAUUGAUUGAUGUCUGAUUGUCCCUCACACUGCAUUGCACUCCCUGUUCAAUAAAGACCGAGUAGUGGGCAUCUACUUGCUGCUCAUAAAUGCUGAAACUCA